CACGUGUGUGUGUAGAAUAGCGAUGGAGGGGUUUUGGAGAGAUUCUAUCAACAAAAGGGUGCUGGAGAGCGCUCUGGCGUCGAAUAAAGGUUUAGAUCACGUGACUCGGACUGUGACCGCUAACGUAACGACUCUAUUGGAGGAAGACCCUGUCAAUAACUCCAGUGCCAUAGCAACGUGUGGUUCUCGUCUUCUGGACCAGUUCAUCAAGUUCAACUGGGUUGGUCCUAACCAGGCUGACCUAGCCUGCCCGUACCCCAAUUCUGGAACCAAAGCCUUGGAUGAACUGAAUGCAGAGAGUCUGGAGGCCCUGUCCAGUGAUGGAGAGCCAGUCUAUUCCUUGUGUCGCCAUCCUCUGCUGCUCUGGCUGGCCCACACGGUACUGGUGGAGAGUUCCCCUCUACUGGGACCCUCUGCUGUGAGUGGUGUGGACCCUGCGCUGUCUGUUUGUCCGCCAGAGAAUGCUCGCCCAGCGCUCCGCCUCUCUCUGGUCCCAGAUCUCUCAUCUGAUUGAAGGCGAUAUUCAACGGCUGCUAGAGGCAGACAAACUCUCAGGGGAGCAGAAGAGUGAGCUUUAUUUAGAGUUGGCCCACAUCCUUCUCUACUACUCUCAGUACCAGGAGACUAAGAGGUAUGUGUCGGAGGCUGGGUGGUGUCUGGGGCUGAAGAUGGAGCUGCGGGGAGCCAUGGGGAAGAGGACAAGGUUCCAGGAGAUGGACUCUAGCUCAACUCCUGCUAUCUGUCACCUCUACUCAGAGGAGGGGGAGAGGAGGGAGAGGAUCGUAGUGCCGGGCAAGUUUUGCCACCAGAGGUGGGUGAGAGGAUGGUGCCAAAGAAUGUACAGCUACAAGACGACACCCUCCUCGACAGUGUGGUGUACUCUGACCCCGAGACCACGCCCACUCCGAGACUGACGUCACUGGAGCAGGCCGUCGUCCUGGGUCAGUGUGUGUACAGAUUGAGGAGUCUCCCCAUUGAUAGACUGGGGUACGAGGAAGCCGAGGCCUUCAUUCAGUGUGUCCUGUCCCAGCCGCUGUGCUGGUGUGUGCAGUCUGUGGCCCUGUUCCUGCGAUGUCAGUCUGAGAGGCGGCGGUCAAAGAGGGCAGAGAGGGCCAUGCUGCAGCUGGAGGAACUCACACAGAGCUACUCUGCAAGCAAGGAUGACCAUGUUCUAGAUCUCUUUUACUGUCUACCAGUCCCCACUAUCUGGGCCAUUGAGGUAUAAUCUACGGCAAUACCCUUUAGCUCUGUAUUGUAUUGUAUUGUAUUGAACUGUACCAUACUGUCCUGUGCUCAGAAAGAGUAUGCUGAUGUACUGCUAUCUGUUGGAGCCACCAAAAGUGCCCUAGAGGUGUACGAGAGACUGGAGAUGUGGGAGGAGGUGGCCGAGUGCUCCAGUGCAGUGGGGAGGACGGGGAGGGUAAGGGAGGUAGUCACUGAGAGACUGGAGAGAGGUGCUGCCACACCCACCCUGCUCUGCGUCCUGGGAGACGUGACCAGGGACCCAGAGGACUAUCGCCGGGCGUGGCAUAUGUCGGAAGGGAGGUGUGGCCGGGCUCAGCGGAGUCUGGGGUAUUACCACCUCCGGCGGAAGGAGUACAAGGAGUGUAUUCCUGCCUUUCAGCUUUCGCUAAAGAUCAACUCACUCCAAGAGAAGGUGUGGUUCAGUCUGGGCUGUGCAGCUCAGCAAGUUGGGGACCAGGAACUGGCAGUUCAGGCCUUCCAGCGCUGCGUCUCUCUGGAGGCUGACUUUUCAGAGGCUUGGAACAACCUAGCCACCAUCUACUUGAGGAGGAAGGAAAAGGUGAAGGCCUUCAGAGCGUUUCAGGAGGCGGUCAAGUGUAACUACGACAGCUGGAAGAUCUGGGAGAACCUGCUGGUGGUGAGUGUUGAAAUAGGGGAGUUGAGGCAGGCUCUGCAGGCGUACCACCGAAUCCUCGACCUCCAGAACAAGUUCCUGGAUGUUGAGAUUCUGCGCUGUAUGGUGAGAGCUGUUCUGGACGGCCAGGAGGACCGGAGUGGGCAGUCAGCUGGCAGACUGAGAGACAGUGUUGGGCAGCUACUGGGGCGAGUGACCUCACAGGUGACUGGGAAUUCUGACGUGUGGGAACUGUACGCAGACUACCACUGUUCCAGCUCUGACACCCUAGACCAGGAGAAGGGUCUGCUGGAGCUGCAGAAGGCCCAGAGGUGUGCCCGACAGGUCAGAGGAUGGGACAGACAAUGGACUGGUCUGGAGAGAGCCGCACACCUCACUCUCAAAUACUGCCACAAAUGUCGAGAGUUGAGUCAAGUGAGGGAAGACGGAAGUCAAUCAGUACAGUCUUUAUCGUCUGCCAAACUGGCCCUGCAGGGCAUCAUCACCAAGACAAAGGGAUUUGGUAUCGUGGUGACAGAAGAGCAAGAGGGACUGAUUGCUAAGUUGGAGGACGAGCAAUCACAUCUGCAGAGCUCCUUAGCUGAACUACAGACUACUAACUGACAGACUAUUGUCUGAUAGAACGUGUACUGUUGUAUUAUUGCCACUGUACAAAAUGUGUGCAUCAUGUUCUGAAUCAUCUCCUUGAAAUCAUACUGAUU